AACGACAUUCUUACACUAUAUAUGUCGUCAUCUCCGAAUAAUAGCUUCUAAUGUCAACAGAAAACUUUUGCAAAUAACAACAUUGUUAAUGGUUCAUGUCGACAUUGUCUCUUCAACAUUACACAAAUUCCCAUCUUUAGGGCCUAAUAUCUCUAAUCUAUCAAACAAGAUUUUUAUACCUCAGAUAAACCUCUGUAAACAAAAAUAUGUUUAUAAAUAAGCAGCGUGAGUUAUUCACUGUUACAAACCCAAAAAGGAAGAGAAAAAAGGUCAAAAACCCUAACGUGUACAUCAAGUGCCAAAGAUGUGUUGCUUCUCAAAACCCCUGCUUGUAGCUUUCGUUUUCUUGUUGGUUACUCUACCUCUUCUUGUCUCAGCUACGGAGGUAAUAAACGAAUGUGGUGGCUCUAGCGGAAGAGCCUCCGCUGCGGAGAAGGAAACGGUUCUGAAAUACAAGAUCGGAGCCUUCUUCUCCAUCUUAGUCGCAGGAGUAUUCGGAGUAUGUUUACCUAUCUUCGGUCUCAAGUCAGAGAGCAACUUCUUCAUGUUUGUUAAGGCAUUUGCCGCAGGAGUAAUCUUAGCCACUGGUUUCGUCCACAUCCUUCCAGAUGCCACCGAGAGUCUCAAGAGUCCGUGCAUAGGAGAAGAACCACCGUGGGGGAAUUUUCCUAUGACGGGACUAGUCGCCAUGGCUGGAGCGAUCUUGACCAUGUUGAUUGAGUCUUUUGCUUCAGGAUGUUUGAACAGAUCUCGGUUGGAGAAGGAGGCUAAGACCUUGCCGGUGAGCACCGAUGGAGGUAUGGAGGUUGGCUCUGCUCAUACUCAUGCCUCACAAGGACAUUCUCAUGGCUCUUUUCUUGUUCCCCAAGAUGAUCUGAGGAAAAGAAUCGUAACACAGGUAAUUUUUAAUUUGCCUGUUGUGUAUGGAGAAUGGGUGGUGAAAGGCUCUUUGUGGGAGUUUGUGGUUGAUAAAUGGAAAAAAAGGAGAAUGUUCUUUGUGCAUGAUGGUUGUACAUAUGGUGAACUUCUUGAAAUGGCACAAGAAGAUUAUGAUCUGGACAAGAAAACCGAGAAGGUGGAGCUGACAUAUUCCUUACCAGACGUACUUUUAGAGAAAAUGGAUCCGGAUACUACUCCUAUGCAUGUCACGAGUGAUAGACAAGUACGGAACUCUAUCGAGUUAUGUAAGACCCAAAUUGUAUGCCUUUGUGCAUCAAGCCAGUGUCAACUAGAAGUUGGAGGUGACGACGAGCUAUGACUUGUAUUGUUGCUUUGGAUGUUGUCUUAUGUGUUGAACUUAUGUUUGAUUUGUGGGUCUUUAGUCAGUGUUGAACUUAUGAGUUGUAUUGUUGCUUUGGAUGAUGUCUUAUGUGAUGAAUGUUGAGUUUGUAGGUCUUUUGACAUGUUUAUUGCAUGGCUGAUUUCGGCCGAGCAGACUUACGUUUUAAUCUUCUUUUAACGUAGAC